AUGUCCGCCAAGUACGAGAAACACCAGCAGCGUAAUCGCGGGGAGCUGGCUGAUGCGCAGCAGCAACAACAGCAGCAGGUGACCAACGCUGUCGCCACCAUUUCGCCUCAGUAUUUCGAUGUGGAACAAAUAGCUCCAUCACAUAAGGCGCGGCUCUAUCGGCUGUUUGAAUACGUUGAGAAAGAAUUCGAUGCACUUUACGAGGAAAAUUGCGAAUUGCGAGCGAAAUUGAAUCAGCUGAGUGAGCGUCUUGGCGAGUCAAUACUGCAAUCGCCAGAGGUAGUCUCAUCACCUGGUGAUCCAUCUUCAGCACGAAAGGAGGCCGCCCGGAAAGUUAUUCCGAUAGAAUUGCUUUUUUUUCACUUGGAUCUAAUGAUCCCGAGAUUUCUGAGGGAGUAA